UUGAACCCGCGAGCUUUAGAUCGAUCGCCUUUUACUUCCGAUUUUUACAGCUUGUGAAAAUACGCCCAGAAAUGUGUGAGACGACAUCGUGACGUACCGCACAACCGGUCAAGGAAAGCUAAGCGACAUAUUAUGACGUAACAAUCGCGAGGCGUAGAGAUAAAUAGUCGAUCGAAAUUACAGUUGUUCAUUUUCGGUUUGAGCUGAGAGCUAAACGGACAGCAAUAACCGAUAAAAUUGCUAAAGAAUGUUUCUAUAUACCAAUUUCGGUGUAUACUAUAUGUGAAGCUACACAAAAUUUAGUGAUUUUUUACUAUUUUCCGCAGUGAAAUUUACUAUUAAGCAUACCUAAAGUACAACUAUAAUUGAUAUGAAACUUUCCAUGAUUAUGUCGCUGCUGAUAGCGACAGCAUAUGCGUUUCCUGCACCGGACCCGGAAGAGGUGUUGGUACGAAACGUUCGGUCGCCUGACUUAGGAAAUUUAGCUAAGUGGAACCCAGCUACGGCAUCGAAAACUGACUUGACAAAUAUUUUCACAAAUCUUGGCAACAAUGCCCGCUCUCAAUUCCCUGACGUUUUCGAUGACGUAAGCAACCGAUUCGAGAAUGCUGCGGAGAGAAUCUUGGAGCGUUUACGCGGCAACGUAGAGGUUCAGAUGACGCAAUUGAUGACGUCAUUUUCGGACCAUGACUUUGACCUAGUGAUCCGCGAUUUGCCUCGACAGAUUGGACACAGUUCGUCGCGUUUUGUUUCGAAAAUUGUAAAUUUAAGUGAGGAAUAUCUUGGAAAAUUCGGUUACAUGUCACACAAAAGAGCAGCGAGUGCAAAGCUUGGUGGACUAGUUGACAAAAAAAGUUUUGCAAAAUCAAUAAGAGAGUUCCAGAGGAUGGCCGGUUUACCUGCAAGCGGAGAAUUGAACAGAGAAACGAUGAGAAUGAUGUCAAUGGAUCGAUGCGGAGUGGAAGACAGAAUAGGGUCUGUUAUGAUGGGCUCCAACGGUAAUUUCAGAAACGAAGCCGAUUCCAAGUUUAUGAGCAAAGCUACGAGAAGGAGAAGAAACAGGAGUCGAAAGUCAAAGAAAAGGCGAAGAUCAGGAGCAAGAAGCAGAUCAAAGCGAUAUAAUGUUGAAGGAGACCGGUGGUCGAAUACAAAGCUGAAAUAUUAUAUUGAAAACCGAACUCCUGACAUGACAGCUGCGCAAGUUGACGAUUCUAUUCAAAGAGCGUUCGACGUUUGGGCAAACUAUACAACCCUAAGAUUCCGACAGACCAGGAAUCCAAGCGAAGCUAACUUCAAAAUAUCGUUCGGUGCGGGUUCGCACGGUGACCCGUACGCUUUUGACGGGAAAGGCGGUACUCUAGCUCAUGCAUUCUUUCCCAGUGAUGGACGGGCACAUUUCGACGAAGCUGAGCACUAUACAUACAAAGGUGGUCCAGGAGUCAAUUUAUUUAUUGUUGCUGCACAUGAAUUCGGUCAUGCAUUGGGUCUCGGCCAUUCUAGCGUCCCUAACUCACUGAUGGCACCUUUCUAUCAGGGGUACACAGCUAAUUUCCAACUACACGACGACGACAUUGCGGGCAUACAACAGCUUUACGGCAAAAAAGUUGACGUUGAUGCAAAGAAAAAGCGACCCACCAAGCCACCAACCGCCAGACCAACUGCACCAACGACCACAGCUCGACCGCGGCCAGCAGAUGCGAUGAACGUUUGUGGGAAAAAUAUCAGUUUUGAUUGCAUGUUUUUUGAUCAACAGAAACAAAGCGUCUUCGCGCUCAAAGGAAAAUACUUCUGGAAAAUAAACGAUUACGGUGUGGUGGACGGUUACCCGAAGAAGAUUUAUCAAUACUGGAAAGGACUACCCGGGAACAUACAGGCAGCAGCCUACUCACGAAUUACUAGGCGCACAUAUUUCUUCAAAGGAAGGCGAAUGUGGAGGUUUAACGGAAGAGUUCUCGAUCCUGGUUUUCCCAGAGAUUCCUCCGACCUCGCACUUCCAGCCAAUCCCAGCGCGGCUUUACAGUGGGGCGGAGAUGGAAAUAUUUAUGUUUUCCGAAAAUCGUAUUUCUACCGCUUUUCCGAAUGGCAACCGUUCGACGGAAGAAAGAGAUACCAACACAAAAAAAUCGCUAAGUUCUGGACUGGGAUACCGAAUGCACCUGACGCUGCUAUCCAAUGGAAAAACGGAAAAAGCUAUUUCUUUAAAAGAAACGACUACUGGCGAUUCAACGGCAUUGACCGAGAUGUCGACCCGAAUUACCCGAAAAGUAUAAAGAAAUUGUGGAUCGGGUGCCAAGGGAAAACAUCGGCAAAACUCACAAAAAAAAACAGAAAAUCAAAAAAGGGUAGGAAAGGAAGAAAGAACUCGAGAAGAACUAACACGCCUCCAUUAGCGAGGCUAGAACUUGCACCCGGAUCAAGCAACCCCCAACAUUAGGUUCUUGUAAAACUUUGACGAAAAGUGUCCGAAACAGAAAAUAACGUAUAGAGAUACUUUGUUCUUCUGGGUUCGUAUUUGACAUUUCAGGAAAAUUCUGGAUUAGCUGAACGCAGCAUAAAGUCCGGUCAAUUAUGAGACAAAUGUUACCUAUAUAAAUGCCUAUUUAUUAAAGCCAAGUGCCUCUUGUAUACAGAGAAUCGUGGGAACUCACGGAUUAAGGUGUGUAUUUAACUGUCUGCUGCCCACAACCUCUUCACUAUAAAUAUUAUUAUUCGUGCCUAUUUAUUUAUAUUUACGUUAAAACCGAUUACUUCGUUAUUAUGAUUACAGUCCGCACUUUUACGAAUGUUUAAAUUACAUUUGAGCAUUUAUAGUUUUUACUUUUUAAAGGUAGUAUCAAACUUAUAUAGUAGGGUGGGGAAGAUGGGACACUUUUAGCACAUAAUAUCCAAAUAUCCUG